AUGGAGCAAAACAAGCUGAAAGACAAAGACACAGUAAAAGCACACCAUGCACCGAAAAUAUUUACAUCUAUCCUCCCUCCAGAACGCACUACACAGUUAACAGAACGGCCGCCGUCUCGCAAAGCGCAUGGUGUAACAGAAACGCAGAGGUUAUUUGUAAAACAAGCAAUACCUAGUCGACUUGUUACUACUAAAGGACAGUUUCUUCACCCAGCUACAUUGCCUUUAGAUCCGCCUCCUAUAGAACCAUUUUGCAAAGGCAUUGAGCCUUUGGAUACCACCCACGAGGGCUUCGAGAAGUAUUUGGACCCGUACCUUACCACCAGCAGGCUCCAUCAUCGACCAUUCACUGCUGAACAAAUGAACAGAAUCUCCAAUACUAAGGAUAUAAUGACAUAUUAUACAUACUCGGAAUCCCCUUGGAUUCGAUCGCCAAAGCCGUCUAUUGAUAAAUGGCGUCUGCCUGUAAGCCGACCUAAAUCGAUGUACGAUAAAUCGAGGUUCAAGGAAGAUUUCCGAGAAAUAAGAACGCAUAACAAAUUACAGUGGACUCCUAGUUCAUUUCGUACGGAAACAAGAGACAGCUUCAAGACUGUACAAUCAAGACCUAAAUCUGUAGUAUACGAUCUCGAAGAUAGCAUAAGGAAUUUUUAUCAAAGUUCAAUAGCACACUUGCAGACAAACAUACCAGAAGAACAAUCGCUAAUACAAGCAAAUUAUUGUUCAGAAAACUCAAUAGUUGGAUCAAGAAAACCUUUAUGUGCUGUAUUUGACCCGUUCAUAGAGAAGAACAAACGUUUAAUUAGAAAGGGACUAUGAAAUAAGCGUCUUCUUAUAAUAAGUUCACUUAUAAAGAAAAACCUACCUCGUCAAUACCCAUUAAGAA